AACAGAAUUUAAGCCACUGCCUGUGAGGGAAAGCUGACCAAUGAGGAGGGUGGAGAUCAGCAGGGGGCGGAGUCUAAACUCCACAGCGGAGAGAGUCAAUGGGGAGGGAGUUGGCAGAGUGUCAAUAGUGUGAGUCUAAGAGCGAUGCAGAUCUGACGCACUCUAACUCACGGGAGUUUGCAGCCGGAAUGAGUGUGUGCGGUGUUUUUUAAAGAGGGCAGACCGUCAGCACUGUGGACAGGAAACCCUUUUAAUCUGAUUCACUUUUGGGACAGGACCUCAUCCUCUCUGCCCCUCCCUGAUGUGUGUGUGUGAUUUUGUAAGCUGAGAUGUGAUAUUGCAGUGCCACGAUCGGCUGCAGCAGGCUGUUUGCCAUAGAUAUUUCCGGAUCCCGUUUCCUCCAGCGGGGGGUCUCUCUGGAUGCACUUGCUCCUGCUCAAGGUGACUUGGGGAGUCCAGAGGCGUGAGAGGUGGCACGGAACUGAAGUCAAGCCUCAGUUGGGACUUGUUCAGAGGAGGUAGUGAGAUGAAUCCAGUGUGGAGUGGGAUGUGAAGGCCUGACGGGCCCAAAGUCAAGUCACUCCUCACCGGGAACAGCCAGGGAAUGGGCUCGGCCUCUCCUCAGGAGCCCGAGAAAGACAUGGAGGGCUAUUACAACCUUUUGCAGGCAGGCUCGGAGCUGGAGAACACACUGCAACAGGUCACAGUCCCUGUGAGUAUGCAGGAAGUGGCUGGCUACAUUGAAAAACAAGUGGCCUAUUUAUCAGGGGGACGCGGUGAGGACUCUAGUGUCAUCAUCACUCUCCCAGAAUGCUCUGCUUUCAGCGACAUUCCUGAAGAAGCUCUGGCUAAAGUUCUUUCAUACCUCACACUGAUCCCGAGAACACGGCAACCUGGUGUAAAAUUUAUCAUCAUUUUAGACCGAAGAUUGGAUACUUGGGCCUCGAUCAAAACGGCAUUGGCACGGAUUGCGGCCUCAUUCCCUGGAAACCUGCACCUUGUGUUGGUGCUGAGACCGACCAGCUUCUUCCAGCGCACAGUUACAGAUCUCGGCUUCCGCUUUAGUCAAGAGGACUUCAUGCUUAAAAUGCCUGUGGUGAUGCUCAGCUCUGUCACAGAUCUACUGCGGUACAUUGAUGAGAAUCAGCUGACCUCAGAGUUUGGGGGAACUCUUGAUUACUGCCACAGUGACUGGAUCGUCUUGAGAACAGCCAUUGAGAGUUUUGCGGUUAUGGUUAAAGACAUUGCUCAGAUGCUGCAGGCUUUUGGAACAGAGCUGGCUGAAACACAGUUAUCAGAGGAGUGCAGUGCUGUUGAGUUCCUCCUGCUGUCCCACACCGAGAAAUACAGGAGACUUAAGGAUGCCAUCAGAUCUGUGAUGAGAGAGGGGCGGCAGCUGCUCUCUAACCUGGAGACUUCAAGGAAGGAAGGGGACGCCGACACGUGCUGGGACACGACACAGGACUGGGAUACCAUGCAGAGGCUGCUGGCUCAGCUCACAGAUAUGGAGAUGGCAUUUGAUGGCUUCUUUGAUAAGCACCACCUCAAACUGCAGCAAUAUUUACAACUGCUGAGAUAUGAGCACAGUUUUCAGGAGAUGGAGUGCUCUUUAGAGAAAUUAAGAGCACAGGAAAGGAACAUAAGCAUCACAGGAGAAACCCUGUCUCGAACAGAGCAGUGUGUCAGAGAGCUGGACGGUUUGGAAAAACAUGCACAGGACGAGAUGAGUCAGGCUCAGGUUCUUAUCCUGCAUGGGCAUCAGCUGGCUGCUGGACACCACUAUGCCAUGGCUCUGAUUGUCCAGCGCUGCAAUGAACUCAGACAUCAGUGUGACACCCUGACUUCUGCCCUCAAUACCAAACGCAACUCCCUGACACAAGCACAGACCCUGCUGCGCCUCCUCGAAGAGGCUCAGCGGUGGUGUGAUGAUGGUGCUUAUCUCUUGGCCAAUCAGCAAGUGGAUAAAUUCCAGUCUAAAGAAGGUGCGCAGGCAGCUCUUCGAGAUAUCGAGAAGUUCCAGGAGGCGGCGCCACCUCUCCUCUGUGCAGGCGUAGAUGUGCUCUUUCUGGAGUAUGAAUCUGUGCUCACUCCUUGUCUACAGGCUCAUAUAGAGAAGACUUUUCAGAAGCAUAGCUCUGUGCAGGCUCUGAUUCAGUCCAGACAGAACUGCCUGAGGAAACUGGCAGACAAACAUGUCCGACCAAUCCAGCUGGUGGUCCCUCGUCCAGAAAACCCACCACGUGCAAAAUCCCCCCUCUUCUCCCCCAAACAUGGCAAAAGAACAUCAAGGAAAAGCCCAAACUCCAGGAAGAUCGAGGUGAUUCAUGACUAUCAGACGGCCAGCUCUCUCCCGUACAGUAUAGAUGGAGAAGACGGCACUGAUCUGCUCAAACGACACGUGAUGAAGGAGCUGAUCGAGACCGAGAGGAUCUAUGUGGAGGAGCUGCUGGCAGUGCUCUUGGGCUACAGGGCAGAAAUGGACAAUCCGUCUCUUGCUCCUCUCCUACCAACAAGUCUUCGCAACAAGAGAGAUGUGCUGUUUGGAAACUUGCCUGAUAUCUACAACUUCCAUAGCAGUGUCUUCCUGCAGGAUUUGGAAAGCUGUCUGGAGAGCCCUGAGGCAGUAGGGGCUUGCUUUCUGGAAAGGAAAGAACAUUUCCAUUUGUAUGAAUGUUACUGUCAGAACAAGCCUCGAUCUGAUUCUUUAUGGAGGCAGUUCUCGGACUGCCCAUUCUUUCAGGAGUGCCAAAAGAAGCUGGAACACAAACUUGCUCUUGACUCAUACCUGCUGAAGCCAGUCCAGCGCCUUACAAAGUAUCAACUCCUAUUAAAGGAGCUUCUGAAGUACAGCUCAGGCUGUGAGAGAGCUUCUGAGUUGCAGGGGGCGCUAGAAGCCAUGCUGGACCUGCUGAAGUCAGUCAAUGACUCAAUGCACCAGAUUGCUAUCACCGGAUAUGAGGGGGAUCUCAGCAAUCUGGGCCGCGUGCUAAUGCAAGGCUCCUUCAGUGUGUGGAUUAGUCAUAAGAAGGGUCCGACCCGAGUGAAAGAGCUGGCCCGCUUCAAGCCCAUGCAGCGACACCUGUUCCUGCAUGAGCACGCACUCCUCUUCUGUAAGCGUCGAGAGGAACAUGGAGAGAAUGCUGACAAAACUCCCUCCUACAGCUUCAAGCACUGUCUUAAGAUGAGUGCAGUCGGCAUUACGGAGAACGUCAAAGGUGAUGUGAAGAAGUUUGAGAUCUGGUACAGUGGCAGAGAGGAAGUCUAUGUGAUACAGGCACCCACAGUGGAGGUGAAGAUCGCUUGGCUGAACGAGAUCAGAAAGAUCCUGACCAACCAGCAGAAACAGCUCAAAGAGGAGUUGUGUCACUCUACUGCAGUCUCAGAGCAGAUGCAGAUGUCUCCUCCUCUCUCAGUGAGCAAACAGCAAAGAGCGUCAGUCAGCUCAGAGGGGACCGAGUCAGGCCACAGCAGUCCAGAUCCGUUCAGCUGCUCUAACCAGCGCCAACGCAACAGACGCAGCUGGCCGGGCGCACCUUAUUCUGUAGAUAUCUGUGAAGGUCUGGAGGACUGGAGUGGAGCAAACAGCCUUUCUAACCCGUCUGACACUGAGGAGGAGGAUGCUGCCCGUUUGGUUGCAGGCAGAUACAGGGCCUUCGUUGACUGGCGUAAAAAUGGGACAGAUAACUUCAUCGUUAAGUGUGGUGAUGUCAUACAACUACAGCAUGAGGAAAAUGAUGGCCAUUGGCUGGUGAAGAAUCUGAGUCGCAGAAAGGAAGGCCGUAUCCCUGCUGCCAACCUGCAGGGCAUCUUGGGGGAAAACAUCAAGAAUCACUCCAACCGGCUUGGAGACCCAGGGAAUCGUAAAGCACGGAAGCUCAGCUCGCCAUGAAGGAAUGGCCCAGAGCAAUAUUGGACCUUUAACAUUCACGCUUGGUAGCUCAGACUGUAUGUGACCACGUGGAUUUAGACCUGACCAGCAGGAUCGUAUUCCAGAGUUUUUGUACUGAUCCUCACUGACAGAUGCUACCGAAAUCUUACAAAAGAUCUCCAACAUUUCAGAAAAGCCAGAGAGCGCUUUUAAACAUCUGUCCUCUGCCUAAACACACUUCAGUCCUCCUGACUAGGUGAAGCCUAGAACAUUCUGACUUUGCGGUUGUUGAAUAAUGAAUCAAGGCCCAUCAAAAGGCCUCUUCGUCGCUGUCUUCAUGGUUAACCCGCUCAGAAGAACUAUGAAAACAUCCUGUUCAUAAAAGACCGUAAUUUUUAAACUGUGUUUGUUUGUGCUGUUAUUUAUCUAGUACUGUUGUAUUUAUCCUCAGUCUGAGCUCUUCCUGAGAGCUUCAAUGCCAAAUCAUGUAGUGCCAUAAUGCCUGUUUCCCCACUUUUUAUUUAAUGCAUACUUUGCUCAGUAGUGCAUUAGUUACCUCAAAAAAAUAUUUAUAAGCACUUUAUUCAGGUCACGCAAAUUUGUGGCCUUGUGUGUCGCUCUACAGCUUUAAACCGGAUGAAUUUUGCAUGCCGUCAAUUCUUACCUCUCUUAUUUAGUAAAAUUCUCUUGUCAGGCACUUUACAUGCAGAAUCUACUCUGCCAGCUUGAAGACCUGGGGGCCGUCAUGUAAAUGUUGACUUUGGAGCCACAAAUAUGAGUUAUGAGGGGGUGCGCAGAGCGCAUGUGUGUUGAAUGUGUGGCACGGCUGCAAAAUCAGAGCCGUGUUAAUGGAGGUUUCUUAUUAAGGGAGAUCAUACAGCAAACAUUAAAUAUACCCACUGUUUAGAAUGCUUAAUGAAAUAUUAAUUGCAGACUUAAAUGAAUUUACUACAUUAAAUCAGGCCCACAGUUGGAGGGCUGACUUUGAUAUACCAGCGUUUGAAGUGGAAAUGAGCUGUGUGUAGCAGCAGGAGACGCUUUGGAGUACAUAUCUCGUAUGUUAUUAAUUUCGCUAUCAAGUUGUUCCCUUCCAGCGUGGAGCUCCAGCCACCCCCUCAAAAUCAAGCCAUGUAAAGGACACAACUGCCUGUACUGUGCUGUAUUAGCCAUACUGUAUAAACUGUCAACUUUGCAUAUUUAUAUGCUUAUUCAUGUCCAAACGUCUGAGAGCACAUUAAAAAUCUGGGAAUCAGAAUUUCAUGAUCAUCAGGUUUUUUCCCCAUCAUUUUCAAGUUCAUUUUGUAAAUUUAGUUUUUCACUCAGAAGUAAUGCUAAACAAAAGCAUGUUCACUAAUGGUCUCAGACUUUUGGACCUCACUAUAUCUAAUAGCAUUUAAUCCUGAUUUUUUCUUUUUUUUUUUUUUUUUGGGACUGGCUUCUAAAUUAUUUUUGAAGGAAUGUAUCUGUGUUGACUAUUGUAACAAUAUUGUAUUUAAAUUUGUACAGCCUAUUGAAAAUUAAGAAA